AUGUCAACUUCGAAGACCAACAUCUUCCUGAUCGGCGCGACAGGCUACAUUGGCGGCUCGAUUCUCACACGCCUUCUUAAACACACCAGUGCGAACGCCUUUGACAUUACCGUGCUCGUACGCUCCGCGGAGAAGGCAAAGGUGCUCCAGGAGAAGUUCGACGUCAAGGCCGUCGUGGGCUCCAAUGACGACCUCGACAAGCUCGAGGCACUCUCUGAACAAUCGCACGUCGUCUUCUCCUGCGCAGAUGCAGGCAACCUUGCCGCCAUUCAGGCGAUCCUGCGCGGCUUGAAGAAGCGGCACACGUCGACUGGAGAUCUUCCCAUUCUGAUUCACACUUCGGGCACGGCCGUGAUCGCCACGCAAGCCAAGGGGAUAUUCAGCUCGGACACCAUCUAUUCUGACACCGACGUCGAACAGAUCAAGUCUAUACCCCCCACCGUGCCGCACAAGGACGUCGAUCUUGCUGUUAUUGCUGCUGACGAACAAGGCUAUGCGCGAACCUACACCAUCCUGCCGUCGACGAUCUACGGCCAGGCGAAGGGUCCCCUGUUCGAUGCCGGCGUCUCGAACUCAACCUCUAUCCAAAUUCCGUACCUCAUCCGCGCGGCGCUCGGCCGCAAGCAGGGCGGCGUCGUCGGCCAGGGCAAGGCGAUCUGGCCAGACGUCCACAUCGACGAUGUGGCAGACCUGUACAUCGUCCUGCUCGACGCGAUCACAGCAAACCAGGCGGGCGUCGGCCACGGUUGGGAAGGCAUCUACUUCGGUGAGAACGGCGAGCACACAUGGUACGACAUCAGCAAGGCGAUCUCGCAGGCGUUGGUCGAGCUCGGUGUCGGUGGCACGGAUGAGCCGACGAGCUUCACGGACGAGGAGCUCGCGAAGUACUGGGGCUCGGUGGAUGUGGGGAACUUUAAUGGCACGAAUGCGCGUUGCAGGGCUGACCGCGGCCGGUCUAUUGGUUGGAAACCGAAGUACACGACGGCGGAUAUGCUUGCGAGCAUCAAGCCUGAGGUUGCGCUGUUGUGGGAAAAGGCCCAGAAGGAGGGUGGCGUAUAG